AUGGAAAAUUGUACUCCUGCUACUUUUCCUAUGCCUAAGGGAUUGAAGUUAAGCAAGUAUGAUGGGGAAUUAAUUCCUGAUCCUGAGGUUUACAGAAGGUUAGUUGGGAAGCUGUUGUAUUUGAAUCUUUCAAGGCCUGAUAUUUCUUAUUCAGUUCAGCAACUAAGUCAAUUUUUGAGUGAGCCUACAGCUCCCCAUUUGUCUACAGUUGUUCAUAUCCUCAGAUAUCUCAAGGGUUCUAUCAAUAUGGACCUGUUUUAUCCAGCAAAUUCUGAUAUGAACUUGAUUGCUUACAGUGAUGCUGAUUGGGGUACAUGUACUGAUACAGCUAGAUCUUUGACUGGUUAUUGUAUUUUUCUAGGAAAUUCUCUUAUUUUCUGGAAAACAAAGAAGCAGAAAGUGGUUGCUAAAAGUUCUACAGAAGCUGAGUACAGGAGCAUGAGUCAUACAGGUGAUGAGGUUGUUUGGAAAAUAGCAAAGCUCAGUGGUUUGGCCUGGCACACUAGUUUCGUUUUGGGCUUAUUGGUCAGAGAAUUUGCAUUGACAAGCGUAAAAUCCUCAACGUUGCAAUUUAAAAAGACCGGCGGGCUAUAUCUUAUUUUGUAA